GAAGCUCUCUCGUAACAGAAGAAGCAGAGUGCAAAUCUCACUGACCACCACCACCAGUCACCAUGACCAUGAUGAUCAUUACAGUAUUCUUAACCGCGAUUGUUGCGGUUCUCGCAAUCCUUGUCAAGACUUCUCAAACCGGUUCUGGUAUCUUCGCACCGCCUGAAAUUUCCGGUUCGCGUGAUGUUUUCCCGUCGGCGAAAGUGGUUAACUUAACCGGAGCCUCUGGUCCGGAGAGUAUAGCUUUCGAUCCAGCAGGUGAAGGUCCGUACGUUGGUGUCUCCGACGGUCGUGUCUUGAAAUGGCGCGGUGAAUCGCUUGGAUGGUCAGAUUUCGCUCACACAGCGUCUAAUAGGCAGGAGUGUGUUCGCCCAGUUGCACCAGAGUUGGAGCAUGUGUGUGGAAGGCCAUUAGGAUUGCGGUUCGAUAAGAAAACCGGAGAUCUCUACAUCGCGGAUGCGUACUUUGGCCUUCUUGUUGUUGGUCCUGCUGGUGGUUUAGCCAAACCUUUGGUUACUGAAGCCGAGGGGCAGCCAUUUCGUUUCACUAAUGAUUUGGACAUUGAUGAGCAGGAAGAUGUGAUAUACUUCACAGAUACUAGUGCCAGAUUCCAGAGAAGGCAAUUCCUGGCUGCCGUUUUGAACGUCGAUAAGACUGGAAGGUUUAUCAAGUAUGACAGAUCCAGCAAGAAAGCGACGGUCUUACUACAAGGCCUUGCAUUUGCAAACGGCGUUGCACUAAGCAAAGACCGGUCUUUUGUAUUGGUAGUCGAAACAACCACUUGCAAGAUCCUAAGGCUUUGGCUCUCUGGUCCAAACGCGGGAACACACGAAGUGUUUGCUGAGCUUCCAGGUUUCCCUGACAACAUCAGAAGAAACUCGAAUGGAGAAUUCUGGGUCGCUUUACACUCAAAGAAAGGUCUUUUUGCGAAACUCUCACUCAGUCAAACUUGGUUCAGAGAUUUGGUGCUUAGACUUCCGAUCAGUCCCCAGCGCCUGCACUCACUGUUCACUGGAGGAAGACCUCAUGCUACAGCCAUAAAGCUGAGUGAAUCAGGAAAGGUAUUGGAGGUACUUGAGGAUAAGGAAGGAAAGAGAUUGAGGUUUAUAAGUGAAGUGGAAGAGAAAGAUGGCAAGCUUUGGAUUGGUUCUGUUCUCAUGCCUUUCCUUGGUGUUUAUGAUUUGUAGUUUCCUACAUUGCUCUUGACUUAAUUGUCUUUGCAUUGUUAUAAGUGUAUCACGUUUUCACAACUAUGUUAACUCUCCUUGUGUUGUUUGUUUUUGACGUACAUGUAUAUACUUUUUAAGUUUUAAAAGAUGUCUGUACUGUAUGUUAUAUAUAUUGUAAUCAUGUGGUGACAUCUUAAAAGGUGU